AGAAUUAUAAAAUAAGGGAAGAGAGUGGUUUUCCUGGGUCAAUUUUUUUCAUUCAAAGAAGCAAAAAAUGGCAGCCACUACCAUUACGACUGCUACUGCUCUCCCACAAUUCAGUGGCCUGAGACCCUCAGCUGCCCCUGUAAAAUCCCUGGCAGCUGUUCAGCCUACAAGGCGAAAGGGAAAUGGAGCCCUGGGUGCUCGUAUGGAUUUCAUCGGUUCACCCACAAAUCUGAUAAUGGUGACUAGCACAAGCCUCAUGCUAUUUGCUGGGAGAUUUGGGUUAGCCCCAUCGGCAAACAGGAAGGCAACUGCAGGAUUGAAGCUUGAAGUGAGGGACUCGGGCUUACAAACUGGCGAUCCAGCUGGUUUCACUCUUGCUGAUACCUUGGCAUGUGGGACUGUUGGUCACAUAAUUGGCGUUGGAGUUGUUCUUGGUCUUAAGAACAUUGGUGCAUUGUAAAGAUCUUUAUAAGCAUCUUGAUUGAAGUACUUUGCUUUUAAUUCUGUCUGUGCCGUUUUCCUCCAUGUAAAUGCUUCUUUGUCUGAUAUUUUGAGGAACAGCUUGUCGUCAACUAUCAAAUUUUGUUCAA